CUGCGUUUGACGCGAAGUCACCUGCUACCUGUAAUCUAGCAGCUCGUCUGUGAUGCCCAAACAACAAAACUAAGAACGGCAGCCUGCAGCGGUCAUUCUGGCUUUGGCUGCUCUGAACUUGCUAAGUCAAAUGAGUUUUAGCUACAUACAGGAUAUUUGAAUAGUUUCAUGAUGUUUGCAGCGGCAUAACGGUGCUUUCUCGCCGCGCAAUUGCGGUCAGCAGCAGGUCGCUCGGCGUCGCCGUCGAAUGCGGUGGUAGAAGGAUCUCCAAGUCGUGCGCUAAGUCACAAUUUCCCGUAAGGGCAGCAAAGGACCUGGCGCCAGGACCCCUGUCACGGUGCGUCUGCUCCGCCGCAGACCUCGCUUCUCAGCGCACUCCAAGCUUGUUGGCCCAGCGUAGCGCGCUAGGCCGAGUACGACCCUCCACUCUGGCGUGCUCAGCUUCUCGACUGCUGCAGCUGCCGCCCGCCGCAGCCGCUGCCCGCUGUGGACCUAGCGCGGUGGCACGGGCCGUGCUCAGGUGCGCCGUGCAGCUCCCCCGCCCCAGUGGCGCCGUCGCCAGCCCCGCAGCCGCCGCGGCGCUGACGGCGGCGGCACGCGGCCGAGACGCGACAGCCAUCACAACUGCUGCAAGAUCAGCAUCUACUGCAGCCUCUACAACCUUAGCAGCACCGCACGGGCUUCAAACCGGGGCCAUCCAGGCCAUGUCUGACCCUGCGGCCCCGGCGGCGGCGGCCGCCGCCAACGCCGCUGCCGACGGCGCCGCCGCCGCACCCCAGCCGCCGGCUCGGCGCAAGCCCAUGGUGGUGAUUGUGACGGGGCCCACGGCUGUGGGCAAGACAGCCAUCAGCCUGCAGCUGGCGCAGCGGCUGCGCGGGCGGGCGGCGGAGGCUGAGGCGGGGACGGAGUUGGAAGCUGUGGCAGCAGUGGUGGCGGAGGGGGGCCGGGGCGAGGUGAUCAGCGCAGACAGUGUGCAAGUGUAUCGCGGCCUGGACGUGGGGUCAGACAAGCUGCCUGUGUGCGAGCGGCAGGGCGUGCCGCACCACAUGAUCGACGUCCGCGACCCACUGGAGGAUUUCUCGGCUGGCGAGUUCUUUGAGUGCGCACGGCCCGUGGCGGAAGACAUCGUGCGGCGUGGCGGCGUGCCCCUGGUGGUUGGCGGCACGGGGCUGUACCUGCGCUGGUUUGUGGUGGGCAAGGGCGGCGCGCCGAGGGCCACGCCGGAGGCGCUGGCGGCGGUGGUGGCGGCCAUGCAGGCGGCCUGGGCGGCGGCGGCGGAGGACAAGGCGCGGCGGCGGCAGCAGCAGCAGCAGGCAGCAGGCGGCGAGGGCGAGGGCGAGGGUGUGGGUGCGGGUGUGCCUGAGGGCGAGGCCGCAGCGGCUUCGGCGGCGACGGGGGCGGCGGUCGCCUCGGCGGCGGCGGCGGCUGUGGCGGCGUCUCCGACGGCGACGACGACUGCGGAGGCGCUGGCUGCGGCGGCAGAGGCGGCGGGCGCGGCGGGCGGCCUGACGGAGGAUGAGAAGUGGGAGGCGGCGGCGGCGCUGCUGCGGGAGUGGGGCGACGAGGUGGCGUACGCCAGGAUCCGGGCUGAGCGCAACAACUACUACCGACUGGAGCGGGCGCUGUCCAUCCUGGCCAUGCACCCCGGCAGCCGGCUGGCAGACUUUGAGCCCAAGCUGGAUGCGCCGCUGGCGGACCUGGACUACGACUUCAGGUGCUUCUUCCUGCACCGGCCGCGCCUGUCGCUGUACGACCGCAUCGCGGCGCGGGUGGAGGACAUGGUGUGUGCGCCCGGCGGCGGGCUGCUGGAGGAGGCGGCGCUGCUGCUGCGCCUGGGGCUGCAGCCGGGGGACAACAUGGCGGCCAAGGCCAUUGGCUACCGUCAGGCCAUGGAGUGGCUGCUGGCCGCCCGCGCCGCCGGCCGCCGCGUGGGGCUGGUGCAGCUGGCGGCGCUGCACUCCGCCAUAUGCCAGGCCACACACAAGCUGGUGCGCGCGCAGAUGACCUGGUUCAGGGAUGACUCCAUGUACAAGUGGGUGGACGUGGAGGGCCGCACCGUGACAGAGGUGGUGGAGGAGCUGUGCGGGGAGCUGGCCAAGCCGCUGCACGAGGGCGGCUGCGGCGACAGCGGGCGGCUGAGCAAGGAGGAGCAGAAGGCGAUCAUGCGCUACCGACCCAAGCUGCGCAUCCUGACGGAAGCCGCAACAGCUGGCGCCGCGGCGGCCGCAGCCAAGGCAGACACCGCCGCGGCAGCGGCCUCUGCAGCAGCGGCACCCGCGCCCGCUGCAGACGCCGCAUCACCCGGUGCGACUGCGGCGGCGCCGGCGCCGACGCCGGCGCUGGCAGAAGCAGCAAUCGGCCAGCGCGGCCAGACAAGUAAACCGUUCCGGCCCAAGCCAAAGAGCAAGGCGCAGCUUGCGGCGGAGGCGGCAGCCGAGGCGGCGGCGGAGGCGGAGCGGCUGCUACAGCCGCUGCUGGACCGCAUCAAUGACGUGCUACUGCCGGGUCUGCCCGAGGAGGCUGUAGCCAAGGCGACGGCGCGGGCGGCGGCUGGAAAGGGUGCUGGGGGCGAGGGAGGGGAGGAGGAGGAGGAGGGCGGCGGCGCGAAAGGCGGCGGCAAGCGGCCACGUGGCGAUUAAGCGACAAAUGAAGGGUGGGGUGUGUUCGAAAGUCCAACUGUCCAAGACAUAUCGUGCGAAUUGACAGGAGAAUCAGGGAGAAUGCUCCCAAUAGUUGCCGGUGGUCUCUGGUUGUAAGGGUGAGCCGAGUACCCUGCCGAGCCAACUUCUGGCUGCUUGUGCGGGGGUUCGAAGCUGGCUGGGGCGGGUCGCCGCGGCAGUCCAGAUGCCUGCGGUGGGGGAUGGCAGAUGCCUGCGCGACCCCGCGCCAUCAGCGCGGAUGCCUGCGCGGGGCAUUGCAGAUGCCGCGGCGCCCCUGCCUCUGAGCUGCCUAUUGUAGCCACCGCAAUAGGGUCUGGAAUGGGUAAUGGGCAGUGUGUAAAGGUACGUAUGCACAUGUAAUUGGUAACAGCA